AUGAAAUCACUAUUACUUCCAAUCUUGAUAAUAUUUGGAACCUUAUAUUUCACAACAUUUACAAAUGGUACACCAAUAAGAAGAGAUGAUAAACCACCCCGAACUGCAGUUGUAGAAAGUGGCGAUAUGUUUUGUAUAUUCCUUCCGAAAGAUUACGGAGGAAAUAUUGGAGAAAGUGAAUCUACUGCUAUAGCAGCAUGUACUCAUGAAUCACCAAACGCAUACAUUCUUCCUGCUGGAUUUAUUGUUUCGGCACAUUUUAAAGAAGAUACUGGAUAUGUACAAGUCACUGGUGUAAUGAAUGGAAGUAUUUAUGGAUUAUCACCUACUGAUAGUGGUGGUCAAUAUGAUAUGAAAGCUCCUCCAAAUUCAGUGUGUGAAGGUUAUAGUAAAUUUGUAAACUUGGUUGAACCUGACGUUAAUCAUUAUUGCAUUCGCUGUUGUAAUGAUACAAGUAAAUGUGAUACGGGUGAUAGUGAAAAAGGUUGUGAAUAUGUUAUUCCUGGAAAUUAUUCGGGAUAG